AUGUAUCAUGAAAGGUAAAGUGCCAGAUGGAAAGACUAAAGGAGCUACUCCCUAGAAUAAUUAGGAGUUUUAGUAUCCCUGCCCUCAGGUCUCAAGAGAAAGUAAUGAAGAAGCUGCAGAACUAUCCAGAAAUCAAAUGAAACUAGCCUGCACCAUGAGAACCAAAUAGUUUCUUCAAUUAUUUUCAAUUUACAAAUAAAAUUUAUGUAGGAAAAAAAUUCUCCACCAGCUUGGCAAGAGAAAUUAUUAUUUUGUAAUAAGUUUCAUGAAUACAGUUUUAUUUUGAUGUUGUGAAAUUGGAGGUGUAUUAGCAAUAGCGUGUAUCUUCUUGAUCCAGAUAGUGCACAAACUGUAGGAAGGCACAGAUAGGUACUUAUUAUAUCUUAUGUUCACAACUCUCUACUGAGGUCAACAUUGAAUAUUUAAUCUAAAUUUCUUGUUUCUUCUGCCCUAAUAGAGCCCAGAGUUUAUUUUCUUGGCAACCAGAUCAGGACAUUACAAAUCCCCAGCCAUCUUUCUACACUUUCAAGUCCAUUAUUGAAAAUCCCAAAAUGAAGGUGAGCAUUUUUCUUUCACCAAAUUGCCUAAUUUUAUUCCUUUUUAAAAAUGCAUUUUACUUUGUGUUUGUUAUUCACAUGCAGAAAACAGUUGUGGCUGUCCUUGACCAGAUGGUGAAUCCUCAUUGGCCACACCUUCCGCAACGGAAGGAAACAUACAGCAAUGAAGAAGAGAGAGAGGGAGUUGAAGGUGCCUGGAAUUCAAUCACUGAUGAUCCUUUGGACUAUCAAUUUUAUUAUCAUAUCUUGGAUGGUGAUGAGGGAGGGCGGCCUCCUAAGAUUGAGACCUCAGCAGAGAAAAAGGAGAGAGACAAUCCACAUUUUAAUUGGAGGAACAAAUCUUGUUUGGAAGUUAUAGCAAAGAGCAAAAAUAAGGUAAGAUCAAAACCUUUUUUGUUGUGACAAUGAAGGCUACUUAGAAAUGAUGAAAUAACUAUAGCAAGAAGGACCUUUUUAUUUCUGUUACAGCUAGAUCAAAUAGGGCAAACUAAGGCCCAGCUUGCCUGGCAAAUCCAUUAGAGUAUCAAUUACAAUAUCAUAUGAGAUGCAUUACAUCCGUGAGAAAGGCUAUUUGUCUUUAACUUUAACUUUCUUCCAACAUUAAUAUCAUGACUACAUAAUAAACUUUUGGGCCCACCCGCACUUAUAUUGAUAAAGAUGAAAAAUUUUCUGCAUGUUGAGGCUUUAUGUAAUAGGGUAUAAAAAGAGAUGGGAAAAGCUGAGGGGCCCUGGGCAGGGCCAUGCAAGAAGCCAAUUUAAAUUGAAAGGAGAAUUUAAGAGGAGAAUUUAAAGUGAGAGUUGUGCUCACAUGCUAAACAUGCUGAGUAAUUGAGUUAGGUUGACCCAGAUGAGAAAAUGUUUGGCCCAAGAUCAUCAAUACUUUCCUGUCAUUCCUCUCAAUCAAUAAUUGAAUUUUUUUUAAUUACAUGGUAAUUUUAUUCUGCUUAAUUUUCAUCUUCAGGAGGCUUUGCAACAUCCUGUGGUAAGAAUGUUGGUUAAAACAAAAUGGAACAGUUAUGGACACUUGUUUCUGAGGUAAAAGUAUUUUAGGCUUGUAACAUAGUUUUCCUAAGCAAGCUGACAGGUCCCUUACUAAUUUUUAACAGUAGCCCUGCAACUUUGGCACUGCCUUCCUUCCACACAGGGUUCCCCAUUAACAAGCUAAUGAAAAGUGCAUAGUCAGUUACCAGAUUCACAUCUACCGGUUAGUCUGGGAACCUUUACAAGUUAAUUGAAAAUAUGUUUUAAAUAGUUUAAUGAAUAUUUUUUCAAGUCCACAAAUGCGUCUAAUAGCUUCUUCACCUGGCUGCUUAUCUCUUUAUCUCUAUUUUUUCCACAGCCUUCAAGCAGCUUUGUAUGUCAUAUUCUUGCUGUUCUUGUCAUAUUCUCUGCUUCAUGCCUCCACAAAACUGGACCCUACCCAGUACAGGGGUACAGCAGAUUUAUUUCGUGGGAUUUGUGAAGUGUUCACCCUUCUUAUGGUUUUGUUUUACAUGUGUGAAGAAAUCAAUCAAAUGAGAAUGUAAGUCGUGAAACUUUUUAAUUUGCACUUUUUUUCAUUUCAAUUAAUUUUUAACAAAUUUUUUGGUUGAUAUAAGUACUAAUUAUGUUACACUAUUGUUGCAUAUUUGAGUAACAUUAUGGUAGUAUUAGUGCUGUUUUGAGAAACUGCUUUAUAAAGUUGAGUAAAUUAAUUACAUGUAAAAAUUGAUACCAUGCACAGAGAUAUAUCAUAAUACAUAAAAGGGUUCAAUUCAAUAUUCUGGGACGCAGUUAAUUGCAGAUCAAGAAUUCAUGAAAACCUGUAGGGCUUAAAGAAAGUCUUGGUCUUAAUUCUUGUGUCAAACUGGUUUCUUUCAGAAAUGGCUGUUCAUACUUUAUUGAGUGGAUAACCUUGUUUGACUGGUUAGGCCUGGUGUUGAUCCUGUGUGUAAUACCCUUGCGGUAUAUUGGUAGUAAAUCACAGUGGUUGGUGGCAUCGUCAGCUUUCCUAUUUAACUUCUUGAGGAUAUUAAAGUUUUCUUGCCUGACGAGGUAAUCAAAUACUCAAACUAUGUUUGGUUGAAUUUUAAUGUUAAUUUAUUGUUCUCUAUAAACUUCUUUAGUUUGAAUUAUGACGAAGUUUGUGCUGUGCGACUUAGAGACCCCCCUAAUCAAGUGUAACUUCAGAGGUUUAAAAAGGCCAAAUUAAUUUACUAUUUUAUAAUGGAAGAAGAUCGAAAUAGGUUCUCAAAUAAAGAACUUUAAUUUUAAGUUUCGAUGAUGGAGUUUAAUCUGACUUGUAGAGGCAGACAAAAACUUAAAAUUAUUAGCAUAACUUAAAUUUCUGGUCUGGUGCUGGUUACAGUUAUCCCUUGUGUUUCAAUUAUUUUGUGUGUUGUUAAUGUGCUUGGUUUUGUUUAGUCUUUUACCUUGGUGUUGUAACAGAUUUGUUUUUUUAGAGGAACGUUUAUUCGUGAUCCUGAUUAUUUGAGUUAACAGAGAACUAUGAUUAUUUUGCCUGUAGGACCACAGGGUUAUACACCAAGACCUUGGCUAAGAUUAUUCAGCAAGAUUUAGCCCGCUUUCUGGCUGUUUUUUCCGUGAUUUUUUUUCCUUUCUGCUCUGCCUUGUUUUUGUCUCUCCGUUCUUCUCGUCAAAUCCCAGAUAACAAGGAAUUUAGGUGGGUAUCAAAGAGAAAUAAACUCCAAAAACCAUUGAAUGUUAAUCUCUGCCAUUAGAAGCGUAUAGAUUCCCGAUGAGAGCGGUUUUUUUAAGUACACAAUACUCUUGGUCGUUACCAUUCAUCAAAACUUGGUAAAAUUUGGUCGAGAUUUGAAGAAAAUGUCAGGGAAGUUUUUGUCGAUGUUAGGCAACUUUCUCUAUAGAUGAAGAUUUUUCUUUCUUUUUGGUUUUCUUUUGGUUCAAAAUUCUCUCCAUUUCCAAUCUCAGUUUUUUCUAUGCUUUAAAAAGGUCGUAUUUGAUGAUGACGAUUGCACAGGCGUGAAAAUAUUCUGCAAGCCCAGCUAACUUUGUUUUCAAACAGAGCAUCCAUAUAUUAAUCUACGGCAGCUCUGUUUUUCUUUAGUGGCAGCUUUGACUUUGGCUCGUCAUUCGUAUGGCGGCUUUAGCCACAAAGAAAAUCACUUUUUAUUCACUCUUUGUUUUUAGUGGUUUUCAAAGUGUUUUGUUAAGCGGUUUUCGUGCACUGUCUGAACAACGACCAAUUGCAGAAGAUUACUCUACUUUCAAGUAAGUGCCUUUGACUGAAGUGCAUGUAAUGUAUACGUUACAUAUGUUACGUUUUGUUCAUUACGUUUCGUUACCUUAGGCUGCGGUACGUGCUCGUUCUUGCACGAAUGUCGUGAUUGUUAAUCGUUGAAAGUCACUGAUUUCAUUAAUGUUUUCCUUGCAGUUGGCUCUCCAUUCUGUUAAUGCUGGCGUACAUGGGGACAGUGAUUGUUAUUCUUCUCAACAUACUUAUUGCACAGAUGAGCACGACCUACAUUCAAGCCAAGAAAGUUGCUCGUCUGGAGUAUGAUGUGGAUCGUAUUUUACAGCUCACACGCAUGGAAAGAUUUCCUUUUCUGGUAGGUAAUAAGCGGUAAGGCACGGAGAUCGUGUUUCAAAGACGUGUAUACUGGUCAGUGUUUUUCUUCUUGGGUUGUAGAUUAUUCAUAUGCAAUAAAUCUUUCGUUGCCAAUUUCGUUGCUGUGCAGUUGUGUAACCCGAAUGAAUUUGGCGUGAAUCCUAACCCAAGUAAUGUUUCGACUCGAUUUCUUUUUCUACUAGAUGAAUUGCAGAUGAAUAGAUUAUUCACCUGAUUUACUCAUUUUUUUACGUGUUGUAAUAAAUUGUUCUUCCAGAAUCUGCGUGUAAAGUAUUACAAAAAGGGAGGCUGGAUUAGCGAAAAGAAACUAGCAGAAGGUUUGGUUUUUGUUCAGACCGAUUGAAAUUCUUGUGACGUAAUGAUUACCUCAUGGGUAAUGGCUCUAAGCAGGAAAAAUUCCGGCGUCAUCUUUAACUGAUGAACACUUACCAACUUUCAGUGUUUUAUUAUUGAAGUCUUUAAGUGUUUUCAUCUUGAAGUCGAUUUAACUGGUCGUCUCGCCUUUUAAUAGAACUUCUAGAAUUUAGUGAAGAUCGUAGUCCUUGGGAAUCAGUGGAAGAUAAGCUCUACGCGAUCAGGUGAGAAUCAUAUUUUCUAUCUUUUUUACCACCGACCACUUACAACCGCGCAAGCUUAAACUGUUUACGCACAUGCCACUCGCCCAUUUAAGCAUCCUCUCAAAUAAUUUGCGCCUCAACAAUUUUCCUAAAUGAGACUUUUUUCGUUCAGGGAUAAGAUGAGGAAAAUGAUCAAACAGAUGAGGCAACAAAGAGAGUAA